AUGGGAGCAACCUCCGUCCGCCGCAAUAUCUUUCAUCAUCACCUCAGCAGGCGGCCGGUGUCUACCGCCCCUUCUAAUGCUUCAGUGCCACCUACUGGCAGCGCCGCUAACCAUGGUGGCUCCGGUCUUUCCUCUCACAUGAUAUCUGCCGCCGCGUCCGAAUCCACAUCCUCUCUCAGCUCUGGCCCGAUCGACAACGGAGAAAUUGUGACCCGCGACAAGAAUGGCGGCUACAAGCUUGACAUCCCCGUUCUUCCGCCGAUUGCUGGACGGGAGGGCGAAGAGGAGAUGGAGGAUGUUGAAGGCGGGGGCGUCUCUGGAGGCCCUAGCGCUGGAGGUACUGAUUCUUCGGGGCAGGCAGGUAUGAGCCAACGUGAAAAAGAGAAAAUGGAGGCGACUUUAGUUGAAAUGAUGUGCCGAAGCCGUAACCGGCAAUUGAGCAGCGAGCCAGCUGAAAUUCUAAACCUUGUCCACCAAAGCCUCCGAAACAAAGUAGCUGAAUUGGACGAAGACAAUUGGAUGUACGAACCGGACGCAGGGCUCUGA